GAGGAGGAUGGAAGACUUUUCUUCCUUGGAAAUGGCUUUGAUUUGACUCUUACCUUUCAAACGUCUAAGUCAACACGAGAGUUUCUUCUACAUCUGCUCAAGGCAAUUUAUGACGUCCACUACUUCCUCCAUUCUUUACUGAUAAGGUUCACUUUCAGUCUCCCACAAGAAAAGAGAAAAGGCAGCUCUCCUACCAAUUUUCCAUGGAAAAACUUCAUCUCCUCAUGGCUCUCUUCCCUUACUUUCUUCUCCAUGUCCUUUCUCUUUUGCUUCCCUCAUCAGCUAAUUACACUAUCAAUUGCGGGUCAAAGUCCAACAUUACUGUCGAUGGUCGGAACUUCGUUGGUGACUUGAAUUCUGGCUCCUUCUCUUUCGGAACAAGUUCUGAUGUCAGUGACACCAACUCAGCAACAGAUAUGUCUCUCUAUCAAACUGCUAGAAUUUUUGAAAACCCAUCUUCAUAUGAUUUUGAUAUCAUCGAUCAUGGCAUUUAUUAUGUUCGCCUCCAUUUCUUUCCGUUCAUGUCCGGCGAGACUAAUCUGGCUAAGGCCCUAUUCGAUGUUUCAACUUCUAAUUUUUCGCUCUUGUCAAACUUUGGGGUUCAAGAAAAUAGUAAUUCACCUGUGAUUCAGGAGUUCUUACUCACUAUCAACGGAAGUAAGUUCAGCAUCCACUUUACUCCUCACAGAAAAUCUUUUGCUUUCGUGAGCGCCAUAGAAGUCUUUAUAAUCCCAGAUGAAGGCUUCGUCAUGGAUGAUUUUCCUCUAGUUACUCCUGCUGGGAGCAAUCAAACUUAUGUUGGCGUACGAUCUCAGGUUUUACAAACAAUUCACAGGGUCAAUGUUGGAGGUCCACAGAACAAUGACUCACUGUGGAGGACUUGGAUACCGGAUGACGAUUAUCUACUUUCCCCAGGAUCUGCAAAAAUCUGUCCCCGUUAUAACGGUACGCUUAAAUAUGAUAUUCUUGGUGCUACUAAUUAUAGCGCUUCAGAUCUUGUUUACAGGACUUGCAAAGAGUUAAAUUCAAAUUCGUCCGACAUAACUUGGCGUUUUAAUGUAACGAAGAACGCCAAACACCUGGUGAGGCUGCACUUCUGCGAUAUUGUUAGCACAAGUGCUGAUGCUGUGAUCAGGUUCAAUCUCUUUAUUUAUAGCAACUUCAAUCAAAAGAUCUAUCCUGACGAUCGUGAUGAAAUUGGGCAGUUGGCAGCUCCAUUUUACUAUGAUUUCGUGGUUGAUUCUGAUGAUUCGGGAGUUAUGAAUGUUAGUGUAGGGCCUAGGCAGGAUUCGGCAAAUGAAACUGCCUAUCUGAAUGGGCUGGAGAUUAUGGAGUUUAUGGGUGUUCCAAUUCAGGACAAACCAAAGAAACAUGGUGGUGUUGUUGUUGUUAUAGUUGCUACCGCUUGUGGUGCGGUCUUUGUCUUCGUUUUGAUAGUGCUGUUGUUGUUGGGGUUAAGAUACAAGAAAGCAAAGCAUGUUGAUGGAGUAGGUUCAUUGCCGGUGCUUCAUGGAAAAGGAAGUUAUUACAGUAAAGGGAAAGCGAAUGCCUCCCCUGUUCGUAGUGUUAACCUAAAUUUGAAGAUGCCUCUUCUUCAAAUACUUGAUGCAACUCAUAAAUUUGACAUCAAAUUUUUAAUAGGUGAGGGUGGGUUUGGCAAAGUUUACAAGGGAACUCUUCCGGAUGGUACUAAAGUGGCUGUGAAACGAAGUGAUCCUAAAAAUGGGCAGGGCCUUCCUGAAUUCGAAACAGAAAUCUUGGUCUUAUCCAAAAUUCGCCAUCGCCAUCUUGUUUCCUUGAUAGGGUAUUGCGAAGAAGGGUCUGAGAUGAUACUGGUGUAUGAAUUUAUAGAAAAGGGCACUCUGAGAGACCAUCUUUAUGUUUUGAAGGAGAACCCUGAGAGAUCAUCUAAAAGGUCUAAAUUGUCUUGGAAGCAACGGCUUGAGAUUUGUGUUGGUUCAGCGAAGGGCCUUCAUUACCUUCACACCUCUUCAGCUGGGGGAAUCAUUCACCGGGAUGUUAAGUCAACAAAUAUCUUGCUGAAUGAAGAGUACGUGGCUAAAGUUGCUGACUUUGGCCUUUCAAGAUCAGGCCAUCAAGAUCCAAACCAUUUCAGUACUGUUGGCAUAAAGGGUAGCUUUGGUUAUGUGGAUCCUGAAUAUUUUAGAACCUUUGAGUUUACAGAAAAAUCUGAUGUCUACUCCUUUGGUGUGGUACUUCUUGAGGUGCUUUGUGCAAGGCCAGCUAUUGUUGACUCGCCCAAGAGGGAGGAGGUGAACCUUGCGGAAUGGGGGAUGUUUUGGCAAAAGAAAGGGCAACUUGAAAAGAUUAUCGAUCCGUUGUUAGUGGGAGAAAUUAACCAUGAUUCACUAAGAAAAUUUGGUGAAAUAGCUGAGAAUUGUUUGAAGGAUUGUGGAGCUGACAGGCCUUCCAUGCUUGAUGUGCAGUGGGACUUGGAAUAUGCACUGCAGCUUCAACAAACUGCAUUGCACAAAGAAGCGCAUGACGACUCUACAACAAAUGCAUUUUUGGAAUUGCCUUUGCCUUCCGAUCAUAGCAUCCCAGAUUGGGAAGAUGAUCAUGUGCCCAUUAUGUUAAGGGAUGAUGGUUCGGAGACGACAGAUAGUGGGGUUUUCUCUCAGAUGAGGAUUGAUGGUGCCAGAUAAUCUCUAGCUACUGCUUUAGGGUAGUUUUAUCUCUUUCUUUGUUCAUUAUCACUGUGGAGAAUCUUGUAUUGUAUUAUGUAUCUUUGUGCUCUUUGUUUGUUUACUCAAUGCUGCAAGUGUAAUAAUAAUAGGUUUAUUGAACAUCAAGCAUUUGGCUAUAAUCUAUUAGUGAAAAGUUUAAGAACA